AUGUCGUCGUCGGCGGCGCACCAGAAGGCGGCCGCGGCGGCUCCCGCUGACGAGGAGGAGGCCGGGGAGGUCGGGCCUUUCCCCAUCGAGCAGCUCCAGGCGUCUGGAAUAGCUGCACUCGAUGUGAAAAAGCUCAAAGACGCUGGUCAUUGCACAGUGGAAUCUGUAGCUUACUGUCCGAGGAAAGAUCUUUUGCAAAUUAAAGGGAUUAGUGAAGCCAAAGUUGAUAAGAUAAUUGAAGCAGCUUCGAAGUUGGUGCCACUGGGAUUUACUAGCGCGACCCAGCUUCAUGCGCAGAGGCUCGAGAUUAUCCAAGUUACAACUGGAUCAAGAGAACUUGAUAGAAUAUUGGAGGGAGGAAUAGAGACAGGGUCUAUCACGGAGCUUUAUGGCGAAUUCAGAUCUGGGAAGACUCAGUUGUGCCACACUCUCUGUGUCACAUGUCAGCUCCCACUGGACCAAGGUGGUGGCGAAGGGAAGGCUCUCUAUAUUGACGCGGAAGGCACAUUCAGGCCACAAAGACUCCUUCAGAUAGCAGACAGGUUUGGCUUGAAUGGUGCUGAUGUACUGGAGAAUGUAGCUUAUGCCAGAGCAUAUAAUACUGAUCAUCAGUCAAGACUUUUGCUGGAAGCAGCUUCCAUGAUGGUGGAGACAAGGUUCGCACUUAUGGUUAUAGAUAGUGCCACAGCCCUUUACAGGACUGAUUUCUCUGGUAGAGGUGAGCUAUCAGCAAGGCAGAUGCAUCUUGCCAAGUUCCUCAGGAGCCUUCAGAAGUUAGCGGAUGAGUUUGGGGUGGCAGUGGUAAUCUCCAAUCAAGUGGUGGCCCAAGUGGAUGGCAGUGCGAUGUUUGCUGGGCCACAGAUCAAACCCAUUGGCGGGAACAUCAUGGCUCAUGCUUCCACAACAAGGCUUUAUCUCCGUAAGGGAAGGGCGGAGGAGCGAAUCUGUAAAGUGGUAAGCUCUCCCUGCCUGGCUGAAGCUGAAGCGAGGUUUCAGAUAUCACCCGAAGGCGUCACGGAUGUCAAAGAUUGA